AUGUGGCAAAGAAGCAUGAAAUUGGAGCUUAGACUUGGUCCACCAGGUGAAGAGGAGUGUGUCAAUGAAAAAAGUAUGAAAAUUGUUAAAAAAGAAAGAGAUGAACAUGAAGAUUCAUCACUAACUCUUGGUUACUCUUCAAAGAAAGAUUCAACUUUUGAUUUGUCUAAUGCUAAAGGUUCUUCAUUUCUUCAACUCUCAUCAAUGCAAGGGGUUGAAAAGGAUGCAUCACAAUCACAACCUUGUUGCACAAACUUGCAGGAUAAAGAGAAGAAAGCAUUCUCACCUACUGCAAAAAUAUCAGAUUUUCCUAAUAGGUCUCAGAAAAGAAAUUCAACUAGUACAGCAGUUGGUUGGCCUCCGAUUCGUUCUUUCAGGAAGAACAUUGCAAGCGGAAGCUCGUCUAAACCACCUACGGAGCCGCGGCACGUGAUUCAAGACAAGGUUGCUGCUGGUAACAAGCCUAUUAGAAACUCUAGUAAAGGAUUGUUUGUGAAGAUCAACAUGGAUGGAGUUCUUAUUGGAAGAAAAGUAGACAUCAAUGCUUAUGACAGCUAUGAAAAACUUUCAUCAGCUGUAGAUGAACUAUUCAAAAGUCUCAUUCCAGAGAUAAAUCUAUCUCAUAUUGUCUAUUCACACUGCUGUUCUGCUCAAAGAGAUUCAUCUGAUGAUGGAACUAACAAGAAGCAAGAGGAAGAAAAUAAAGGUAUGAUGAAAGGUUCAUUGAUUGGAAGUGGAGAAUAUAGUCUUGUUUAUGAAGAUAAUGAAGGUGACAAGAUGCUUGUAGGGGAUGUGCCAUGGCACAUGUUUGUAUCAACAGUUAAGAGACUGAGAGUGUUCAAGAGUUCUGACCUUCCUACUUUUAACAUUGGUAGUAAGAAAGACUAG